CGUGUUGUGUCACCAAUAAAAUCCUCUUUUUUAAACUUAUUUUAACUAAGGGUGCGCCGCGUCAACUCAACCUCACUCUUCGCCCCUUCUUGCUGCGACCCAUCUAUCUUCCACUUAUCCCCCCCUCCUUUUUUGUAUAUAUACCCCCCACCCUGCCCUUCUUUCCCCCAUUUUUUUCUUACCCUUUCUCUUUCUUUUAUAGGUUGUUGCAGCUUCUUCUUCAAGAGACGGCUUUUUUUUUGUUCUUUUCUUUUCUUGUCUUUCUGGGUUUUCGUUUUUGUUCCUUUCACUGUCCCCUCGCCAGAAGGCCGGUUGAGCUAUUUACACGGUUGGGAGCUUUUGGAGGAUUCUUCCUCAUCUUUAAGGCUUUUUGUUUUCGGUCAAUGGAGGUAUACGGCAAAACCAUGGCUGUUGCCCCUGCAAAUGUUAUUUAUUUGUCUACUAUUCUGGGCCGUGAUGGUCCUAUCCCUGUUCACAAAUGCGAUUGGAAAUGUCAAAAUGAACAUGUUUGUGGCAACAUGUAUCGCUGCAAACUAACUGGAAUUACACACAUCUGUGACAAGAACUGUAACCAGCGAAUCUUGUAUGAUAACCAUAGUUCCCUCUGCCGGGCGAGCGGCCAGGUCUUUCCCCUCACUCAAGCCGAGGAACAGGCGGUCAGAGGCGUCCGGAGGAAGUUUGAUGCGGACAAUUCCCCGUCCUCUGAUAGCUGUGGUUUUAAGCGCAGACGCGAUGCACAGUUCCAUCCUUCUCCGUUCGAAAGAUCUUUCUCUGCUGUGAGUCCGAUCUGCAGCCAAGUCGGAGAUGGCAUGGAUACUAGCUAGAUUAGAAAUUUACGUUACUUAUAAUUAUAGUAUCCUAUUAUUAACCAUUAAAAGACUCCUAUAAUUUCCUAUAAGUUUUCGAUUUGCUUCUCAUGGGACAAAUAUGGAUAAUUUGACUUUGAUGUUCAUCGACGGUGGACCGAUGGGGUUCUACCUGCCUGUAGGAAAAAAAACAGAACACUUUUAUUGCUUAAUGCUAUGUAGUUCCUCCUAGCUUCGUUGUGAAACUUAAGUUUAAUUCUGUUUCUUUCUAACUCUUCUUAUGAUUUAUUAACUUUGACAGCUACAGGGUUCUUGUAGGUUCGUAAAUUAGGAGUUGAAAUGUUACCAUGUUUUCGUUUCGUAGUUUCUUAUUUAUAUAUGUUCAUUCUUCUUUAAUUAUUUGUGGAUGUAUGGUGCUUUAUUUCAUUGCCAGCCUUGCUCUGAAUUGUAUUUAUAGCCUGGAACCAUAUCUAGUUUCAUGGUUUUUUGGCAUAUUUUAAUGUGAUUCUAUUUGUUGUUUUUUUGUUUGCCUAGUUGAAUGCAGGUUGAAGAGGGAUGUCAUGUUUUCCAUAUAUAUAUAUAUUCUAGUUUAUUUUAUUCUCUUCUUGUCCCUGUUUAAUUUCCUAAAUAAGAUCCUGAAGUAUAUGUUGAUUUUGCAGGGCUUGAAAGUGUCCAAUUCAGGAAGUUUAAAUAUGCUUUUGCAAUAUUGAAUGAAUCUUCUUUUCCAUUUCUAGGUUUUGUGAAUUUAAAUGCCUGACUUAUUAUUCUCAUGCAGGUAAUUUUGUCAUUGCUGGCGAUGGAUAGCGGAACCAAUGUGAAGGUGCCAUCUUGUGCUCGUUUCCUACUAGGGAUUUCCCAUAGGUUGCAAAGUGGUUCAACCAUACUCCGAGUAUGACAUGUAUCAUUGCUGACUUCAGACGGCAACCAGCUUUGAUGGGGUGAAGAAACCAAUGGUGAACAUCCUUCUGUUUGGCUGGUUGCAGAAAUGAGUUAAUGAUGUCGACUUUCUCAGCGGUAAUAGACAUUUAUAACUGCAAAUGGAGUUAAUAGUUGCCCAAAACCAUGAAGAACUGAGAUGGCCAGUUAUGGACUUGUGAGAAUCAGAUACUGCUUACCAGAAGGCUUAUUUGUCUGGCUGACAAUUAUGGGGAGUUUAGUUUAGCCGGUGAAGUGGAUCUUGUUUAGCUGAAUUGAAACAUUCAUGUUCUGGUCCCACAAUGGUGUCUGUUACAUUGUUUGCUCAUCCAUGUUGAUCAUUGCCAACAAGUUCUAGUCUUGGCUUAAUGACAAAAUUGCAAUUCUGGUUCAGGUUUGAGUCUCAUUUGCGGGUUCUUGUUUAGGUUAAUUUUGAUCAUAGACUGGAAAUCUGUUGGUUAUGUUUUUGUAAUGUUUGAUUAUUUUUAUUAUUAAAAAUAUUAAUUAUCAUUUGAAGUUAAGCUGGGCAUAUUUGUAUUUUUGGCCCUUCGCUAAAGAAGCAAAAUUAUGCUUUUCACUUUGUGUAUCUGAUUUCACAAAUUUUAUGCAAAGUGCUAAUCGUGUAUGCUAAAUAGGGACUCGUUCGGAAUUAAACGUCAACAUUGUACUUCUUUUUUAUCAAAAAAUAAAAGAAAAUUACCUCCCAAAA